UAGCAGAAGGAAAUCCUGGGGCUCGGUCAUUCGGAGAGAAAUUGCGGAAUUCCCCGGGAUUUUCACUUUGUGUGUGAAAAGCUCAAUCCCGGUGUGAUUCUUUUGUUCCAGUCCGCGAGCAAUUAGAAUAAAACAACCUGUCUGGAUUAAAGCAUUCAUCAUUAUUUGUACAGCGUCUUUCUGAAAAGCAAAGUACAGACCCGGAAGGAAACUGAUCUACAGAAACUAUGCAAAGAAACAGCAUGGAUUCCGGGAAAGAUUGUAAAUCCACAAUGGGAUUUCACUGUCAGCUCACUGGGAGAGGGGAGCAUCGGUGCUUCAUUCUAUGAGGAUGGGGACUGGAGCAAGGAGCAGGGGAAGCUCAAUUCACACCUCGCACAGUGAAACAUCACACACCACUAAAGAUGGAUGAAGGCUUUGCUGGUGAGGCAGCACUUAUUGCCUAGAGGGCAGUUAAGAGUCAACCACAUUGUUGUGGACCUGGAGUCACACAUAGGCCUGAUCAGGUAAUUGAUCAUUCCACACCCAGGGAAGUUCAAUUCAUAGUCGAGCGAGUGGUCAUGAAUAACCAAGAGGUGGUUGCACUCCUCCAGGACUGUAAGCGGGCCCUAACUGCACCCCCAUCAGAACCGUCAGAACAGGACAUGACAGAGUACCGGCAGUGCGAAGCUUCACUCUCUGCUGAUCUGAGGACCCUGCUGGAACAGGCAAAGGAAAUGAAGUGGCCCUUUGUGCCAGAGAGGUGGCAAUACAAACAAGAAGUAUGCCCAGAAGACAAAACAAACCUGAAAGAUAUCAUCAGCGAGAAGCUGCCAGAUUUGCUGGUUUUUCUGAAAGCCUCAACCUCUGUUGGUGACUAUGCUUCAGCAGCUGCCACAGUAUUUUUGAUUGACAGGUUUCUAUACUGGGUCGAUGCAUCCAGCAAACUUCUGCAGAUUGCCAAAAGCUUGCACAGGCGUUGCCAUGAAAUACCAAUCGCACCACAGGUGGUUGUUCGCCAGGCCCGAGUCUCUGUAAAUUCAGGCAAACUUUUGAAAGCUGAAUACAUCCUGAGCAGCCUCAUAAAUAACAGUGGAGCAACAGGUACUUGGGUCUAUGAGAAGAUAAGUGAUCGAACAUUGGUGCAGGCUGUCAGUAUUCAGAUAAGGGGACAGAUCCUACAAAAACUCGGGCUAUGGUAUGAAGCUGCGGAACUGAUCUGGGCUUCCGUUGUGGGAUUUUAUGAGCUUCCUCACCCAGAUAAAAAGGGAAUUUCCACUUCACUGGGCAUUCUAGCUGACCUGCUUAUUUCAAUGAGCGAUGAUGAUUACAGUCGAUUUAAGGACAACCCAGAGGUGGACCUGAUUCUGCUUGAAGAGUACACUGACCGACUGUUGUCAGCUGCUGAAGCAGGGAAACUGGCUGCAGUGCUCAGUCAGUAUAGUCCACUCUUUGUGCUGACAAAUUUGAAUAUUUAUGGAACCUGUCUCCUCUCCUAUAGUUUUAAAAAGGAAUUGACAGAGGAUGAAAGACAGUUCUACCUUUCUCAAGCAAAGGAGGCUUUUGAAAUUGGUCUCCUCACCAGCAGAGGUGGUGAAAUGAUAACAAGUAAGCAGGAACUGCAUGGGUUUGUUAAAGCAGCUUUCUCUCUUACAACAGUGUGCAGGUGGCUCACAGAUCAGAGUGAAAAUCUUACAGAGGCAAGGCAAUUAUGUAAAGAAGCGAUGAAAAAAUUAUACCUGUACUGCACUCAAACCCAGGAAGCUUUGGCACAGGAAAUCAUGGAACUGAUAGGCCAAGUCAAAGUUCAUCUGCAAAUAAAGGAUCUCUGCAAUUCGGAUGUUAAGUCCUAUGUCCCUGACCACUACAAGCAUUAUUGGGAUAAGCCUAUAGUGAAGGGAAAGAUGACCUUUGAGAAAGUCCUUGAAAGACAUACACAGUAUCAUGCAACUAUAUGCAAAGUAUUUGAAAGAACUUGCAGACGACAACAAAAUAACAAAGAGUCAUCAGCACAUAGCUGUAUAACUGCUUUCAAGACAGAAACAAAAGAAUUUGAUACAGCUGAUGCCAACAUAAGCACACUUCACUCUGUUAACCAUGAUCUUCUUCAAAACCCUCUACUGAACCAGGCAAUAACAAGGAAAGACAACACAACAGCACAAAUCCAGAGCACUGAGAAGGAACAUGUUGAUUGUCUGAAAAACAAUGGCACUCCUAAUAAUUGUUUUAUUGGUGAAGCAUCAUAUGUUUUGAUAGAUGCUGAGACAGAAUUGGAUGAUAUACCAUCAGAGGGAAAGGGUAACACAAACAAAGGGUGCACAGAAUGUUUGAAUGACAAGGAAGGUUCCAGCCCUUCCUUGAACUUUUGCUUCAAAGCUUCUGAAUCAGGAUCUUCUAUUAGUUGUAAGGAAGUGACCAGCAGCAAAGGCUGUGGGCUACCUCAGGUUGGAAGGACACCAUUUCUGCUCAGUGUGGACACAGAGUGCUCAACAAUAUUAACUGAUGAAAUUGAUAGCAAAGACAGUAAAUUGAAUAAUAGUGCUUUGCAGUCCAUCAUUCCGCCAGUGCAACAGCUGUCUCUACAAUUUGCAGCAGACAACGAUACUUCAAGCAAUGGGAGGCAGAAAAAUCCUUCAUCUUCAUCCUUAGGAGACCAUAAGUCAUGUGAUGUUAAUCCAGAUGAAGAUACUGCUGAUGACAUUGAAGAAGAUAACAAGACAGGUAGUUGCAGUAAGAUCGCAACAUCUGAUCAAAGCCCCUCCUCUCUCUCUCAUCCAAAUUAUAGGACCAUAUAUCAUACUUCUAGACCUGAUGAUGCAGAUUCAAAAGGCAAUGGAAAAAUUACCUCCUCAAUUUUAGAAAAGAGUGGCUCAUUUGAGAUCGUUGACUCUGAUGCAGAAACUGCAGAUGGCUUGGACAAUGACAAAGUACUUCCAAUCCCAAAUAAAUAUGACGAUGCAAAAUCCUCUUGUCUUCAGCCAACUUCAAAUACAGUUAACCCUGCCUCAGUUGGCAGUAAUAAUUUGAGCAACUUUACAAAGAAAAGCCUGUCUUCUUCACAGGAAAGUGGGUCCUUCGUAAUGGUGGAAAUUGACCCAACUGCAGAAACUGUUGAUGGUUCAGAAGACAGCAAUAGUCCUCCAAGUAUUGGAGGAGUCUCUGAGGUUGAACCCACACAUCUGGAUGAAAGCAAGAAACAAGAAGCAUGUAUUCAUGAUGCAAAGGAAUGUGACAAAGGGUCGGAGAAAGUAUCACUCAAAGAAGGUGAAAGUGAAGAUGACAGACUGAGUAACCAGUUUCUAAAAAGCAGCCUCAACUCCAGCACCUCUCUUAAAUCAUGGUACAAAUCACCUUUCUUUUCAAGCAAUUGCUCAGACUUUGGCUAUCUGAGUCCAUCAGUGAGUUCAAGCAGCAGUUCCUUUGUGUUUCUUUCAAGAAAGAAACAAACCUUUGAGAAGCGUGUUAUAACUGAUGAGGAUUAUAAAAUGCUGUUUGCUGGUGUUACCCAUGAGUGGCUUACAGAGAGAAUUGCGGGCACUGGAGUAUUUUAUCCUCAGAAACUAAAAGACACUUGCACUGCACUGCUAUUCAAAUAUAGCAAGAAAACCAACACUUGGACAGCCCAAGAAACUCUAGUAUAUAUUGGAAAACCAUUAAUGGUGGAUAAAGUAGGUGCCCAGAGAAUUGCUUUGGAGAUGCGCUUUUUACACCAAGAAGAAAUAUUGGGCAGAUAUGUUGGAAAGCAGUACAAAAGAGCAAAAGAACUAUCUUACCACUUCAACGAUGUUGAAUGCCAGAUGACUGCCCAAUACUAUGUGACAGAAUUCAACAAAAGACUGUAUGAAAAGCAGGUUCCUACACAAAUAUAUUAUAUUCCAGCCUCAGUUCUUCUGCUUUUAGAAGAUAUGCAAGUCGUGGGUUGUGUAAGCGUGGAACCGUACAUGCUCGGGGAGUUUAUAAAAUUAACAAACAACACAAAGACUGUUCGUAAAGAAUAUGAAGCAACUAUGUAUGGACUUGCAUUUGGACAUUUUACCUAUGAUUUUUCAAACCAAGAAGAAAUAGUAGUUGAUUUACAAGGUUGGAUCACUGGAGAUGGAAAAGGUCUUAUUUACUUAACAGAUCCUCAGAUUCAUUCAAUGAAAAAGCGACAAGGGGGGUCCAACUUUGCAGAAAAAGGCAUCAAAUACUUCCUCAACUGUCAGCACAAAGAAUGCAAUGAGAUCUGUCACAUUCUUACUUUGAAAACACCCACUAGGGGGAAUUUGGAUGAUUUACCUUAAGUGAAGCUUUUUAAAAGUUUGAUUUUGAUAAAUAUGUUCUACUAUGGCAGAAUAUUUCUCUGUGCUUCCUACUGCUGUUGAAUAGUGAUGGUCCUGGAAUUCCAGACAUUGAUUUCAACAAUUGUAUCAGAUUACACAAGAUGAAUACCUGCUUUUGCUGGCCAGUCUGUUCAGGGAGAACAUCCAACUUGUCCAUGAAGAAUGUGGCAUGCCAAAGAUCAUAUUGUGUAGAAUUUUACUGCACUGAAACAGGCUCUUUUAUCCAACUCAUCUGUGCUGUUAUUGAAGCUCCAAAUAAGCCUCCUAUCUAAAUCUACAAGCAUAAUCUUCUAAUCCUCCCUCUCCCAUGUCCUUAUCAGGUGUCCCCUCAGUGCAUCAAAAACCCUCACUUCCAUUUGGAUAUGUGUUCCAUCUAUCUCUUGGUAAAGGUGACUCUCCUGAAUUCCCUAUCAGAUUCAUUUGGGCCUUAUGUUUGGGCCUCUAGUUUUGGAUUCCCCAAAGCAGAAAAAAAAUCUGAAUUGAAAUAACUGCAGAUGCUGUAAAUCAGAAACACAAGCAGAAAUUGUUGGAAAAGCUCAGUAAGUCUGGAGAAAGGGUCACUGGACCUGAAAACUUAACUCUGAUUUCUUUUCACAGAUGCUGCCAAACUUGCUGAGUUUUUCUGGCAAUUUCUGUUUUUGGUAGAAACAAUUUAUUUUUGUCUACCCUGUUAAAUCCCUUUCAUAAAUUCAAAGAUCUUUAUUCGGACAACAUGCAACUUUCUCUUUUCUGGAGCUUUGUCCUGUUCAAUUUGCCUGACUGUUAUAAACGCUCAGUUCUGGUAUCAUUGUUGUUAAUCUUUAUUACACUUUCUCUAGUGCCUCUUUGUCCUUUUUGGGUGAUCACAGGUGACUGCCCCAUUUGAGGGUUUGGCAAGGGACUUAGCUCCAGUCCUUCAAAGAAUGGUGCAAUUAAUUUCCGUACCCUUUGUGGGGAAGUGGAAGUCUGAAUGCGAAACAAUAAGAGACCGGUCAGGUGUCUUUGUGGGUGCAAGCCAUGAUUAGUGAAAUAACUCCACAGAGGCCAGUAGUCCAUCACCAAAUUUAGACAGUCCUUGACACUGAUCUAGCUCCCUCAGAGCCAACUCUGAGUGAACAGAACCUCUGACACUCUUUAUCUAUCAGCCAGGGCUCUCUGAUUGGGCCAGAUUAACAGACCCCACCAGGGGAUCUUAUUCUCUGAGGGCCACUUGGCUGAUUUCAGUACAGUCACUGAAAUUUGCCCUCUGACCCCUACACCUUCCCCUGUCCUUUGCCAGCAGAGGGCUUGACUUCCAAUAAAAUAUGAAUCCUUUAUGAUGUAAAGGCUUAAUUGUACCUUCCCUGAAAUAAUUGAUAUUGUGCAUGUACAUAAGAAGAUAUUGAAACUAGUGUGUGUGGGUUCCAGUGAUGUCCUAUUUUACUAUCCCU